AUGUCUGUCACAAACGUCGAAUCUCUUCAAUACGGUGUGGCUACCGCAUCUCUUGGCUUUUCGUCCAAGUUCACUUUGGAAGACAAAUUCGCUGCUAUUCAAAAAGCCGGUUUCAAAUUCGUUGAACUCGGUUUCUCUGGUUAUGUUGAAUGGGUCAGACAAAAGCUUCCCAAUCUCCCCGCUUCCACUGCUCCUGAAGAAUACGCCGAAGGUGGAGAGCCUGAUCCCUCAGAUCAGGAGCUUUGGCAAGCUUUGUAUAGCAAAACCGACGAUGUGAAGGCUCUCGCCGCUAGCUUCGACUUGACCAUAUUGGUACUUCAACCAUUGAAUCAAUUCGAAGCAUGGUCCCCUGGAAGUGAGAGACAACAAUGGUGUCGACGCAAGGCAGAGAAGUGGUUACCUCUUUGCUCAAAACUCGGUGUCAAGCAAUUGCAGGUUGGCUCAAACGACAAGCCAGAAGCUCCAGCCACCUUCGAAGAGAUCGGCCGUGACCUUAACUGGCUCGCAGAGCUUGGAGCUAAACAGAAUCCUCCUGUAAAAAUUGCAUAUGAGAGUUGGUGUUUCGGAGAGAGACUUGCUAGUUGGGAGGAUACCUGGAAGCUUGUGCAGCUAGGAGACCAUCCAAAUCUCGGACUUUGCUUGGACACUGCUCACUGGCCUUUGUCUCCUAUAUACGGCUAUGAUCCUACCACUGGGGAGGGGUUCACCGAUCAACAAUUCAAGGAGAUGCUCGGUCGACUUUCGGAGAUCCCAGGAGAAAAAAUCUUCUAUGUUGAGCUCUCCGACGUACUCAAACCCGUUGUACCUUUGGGCAAGGGUUCUCCUUUCGACGAAUGGAGGGUAAAGGCAAACUCACCUCGUGGAGACCGAUUCGUGUGGGCCGUUUGCGGGCGUCCUGUUCCCUUUGUUGGCAGAGAUGCGGGUAGACAAGUCAAGACCCAGGAUGACAUGGGUGGCGCUCGAGUAUUGGAGUGUUUCAAGACCAUUUUAGCCUCUGGAUUCAAUGGCCCCGUCAUGUGGGAAUGUUUCGAAGCUCUUACUAUGGAGAAAGACGACGAAGACAUCCCUGCUUUGUACGCCAAUGCUAUGUGGGAGUCUAGAACCAAACUCAUUGAAGGUAUCAAGUCAGGAUAG